AUGCAUCAGACUUACCUCGACCAAUUGCACGCUCGUAUCGAGUCACUUGAGGCUCAAUCACGCUCCGUGCAAGGUCUAGACUCAAACACCGAAGCCCUCUCAUCGAGUUCAGUGCAGCUUAAUGCACGUCCUUCAUUAAGAAAUCCUCCAGACAGCCCCUUGAACGAAACUGGGACGCCGUCGAGGUCGGAGUCAAGUUCCCUUACGAAUACUCUGGUCACUUCCGGGCCACAGAUCAAGGUCCAUCGCUAUGGACACGUGGCCUACCUUGGACACAGCUCAACUCUCAGCUUCAGCCGUAAUGUCCGCAACCUUCUUCAACAGUCAUCCCCAAUUGCAGAUCCUGGGAGUGUAUCUAUGGAACGACAGGACAUAUCUUAUACCCGGACACUACCGCCGAUAGGUCUCGAUCUGUCAAGCAUCGCCUUGCCGAAGCUCUCUUAUGCUGAAUAUUUGACCAGCACGGUGAUUGUGCACAUCGGUUCUCUUUACUCCAUAUUCGAUGCAGACAUAUUUCUUCAAAGAAUGAGGAGAUUUUACGAUGACCGCGACAAAGGGUUGGAAGCUGAUGCGAGCCUAUGGCACAUUCAGAUGCUACUUGUGCUAGCGUUCGGCAAGUCGAUACAGUCCAGAGAACACUCUGAGAUGGGCCCCUCCGGAAUGGCCUACUUCACACUUGCCAUUGAAGCUAUGCCAGAUAUCAGAAGGCUCUACGAAGAUCCUUUGUUGUCAAUUGAGGUUCUCUGUUUGGCCGCUUUGUUCAUGCAUGCAACCGAUCUCCUACAGGAGGCCUAUGUCACGAUUGGCCAAGCCCUGCGGAUUUCUGUCACCAAAGUUCUAAACAAAAAGUUUCCGGAAGCGUUGAGGUCUUCAAACUUCGAGUACCAGAGACGCCUCUGGUGGACAGUAUACUGCAUCGAUAGGAAGUGCGCAGCGAUGCUGGGCAGUCCAUCUGUUAUGAGAGAUGACGACAUCUCAAUUCCGUUCCCAGAAAUAAAGCCGGGAGAUGAGUCGCAGAACGCAUUCGCUAUCCAUGCGAUCCUCUCUUCUCAUCUCGGCAAGAUCCUUGAUGCCAUCUAUGGAGUACACGAUCAACAGCGGAAUUUCCUUCUUGAAGUGAAGUCAAUUCUUUCUCGUAUUGCGGAAACCUACGUUGUCCUACGUCAACAUCUGCCGCUAGAUGUCCAGCAACCAGGCCAACCAAUUUCUCGCGAGUCUGCCACGCUCCAUCUUCUGCUCCACCAGUGUGUGAUUUUGACUGUUAGGCCUGUUCUCUUCUCACUUCUCAAGCCUCUUCUAGCGCUAGGUGCUCCGGUGCCCAAUGCUCGCCACUCUUCGUCGCCAUUUGAGUCGAUGCUGAGGAUGUGCAUCGAGUCUGCUGUCCAAAUUCUUAUGAUUAUGUCCAUUUUGAAGCAACAGAUGAUGUGCGAUAUCUUCUUGCCAUAUGAUAUCGAUGCGCUCUUUUCAGCAGCAUUUGCCUUGAUCCUGAUCGACAUCAUCCGGCCAGCAAAUGAGCUUCUUUGGGACUUGCCACAGGUUAUGAACCUACUUGGCGAGUUUGUAUCACGGCGCGUAGCUCCUGCGCAAGCUUAUCGGUCUGAUCUCGUACAAAUCCUUGAACUACAUACUAAGCUACGAGGGAACAACAGUCGCCAGCAUCAGGACACUGGGAACAUGUUCAAUGUGAGCCUUGUUCCUGGUCUGGACGAAUAUGCUAUAACCCACCCGGGCCAGUUAGGCAUAUCGCCUGACCCAUUGUGGUCAAACAUACGAGAUGGAAACGGAGUUGGAGAUCCCGCGCACCCUAACACAAUCCUUUCAGUGAUCGAUGAUCUAAAUGUAGAAGGUUUCGAUAUCUUAGACACUGCUAUGCUUGAUAAUGCGUGGAUGUGGGAUAUGGACGAUAUGUCUACAAACAUCUAAAUUAGGCUCUGGAUGUUAUAUUAAUCAUGCAUUGCUU